AUGCACAGGUGAUACAUGAAAGGACCAUUAAUCCUCUCCAUUCUUUGUUUAUGUCAUUUAGAUGAUUAAUGCUUAUAAUAUUCAGUAACUUGCACAAAGCUGUCUCUGUCCUCUUCAGCUUGCUUCUUCUUCAUCCCCUUCAAUAUUCUGUCUCUGCCCCCCAGUUUUUUUGGUUCUUUCUUCGUCCUUGAUCACUACCUCUGUCUCUGCCACACCUUGCCACCUUCUGUCAGAACCUUUGACUCAAGAACAUGCUAGUGGCAUUGCUCUUACUUCUGGCGUUGAGCAAUGAAGUGAGAGUUAAUGGUGAUGGUAGACAAUGUGAGUGUAGUCCAACACUGAAGCCAAGGCCACACAGUGUCUCCAUUUUGGAGUUUGGUGCGGUUGGGGAUGGUAAAACAUUGAACACUAUUGCAUUCCAAAAUGCCAUCUUCUAUAUCAAGUCAUUUGCUGACAAGGGUGGUGCUCAGCUAUACGUGCCGCCGGGGACAUGGUUGACUCAAAGUUUCAAUCUUACUAGCCACCUUACCCUCUUUUUGGAAAAGGGUGCUGUCAUUAUAGGAUCUCAGGAUCCAUUUCACUGGGAUGUUGUUGAUCCCUUACCUUCUUAUGGCCGAGGAGUUGAAGUUCCUGGGGGAAGAUAUCAGAGCUUGAUAAAUGGAUACAUGUUACAUGAUGUGGUCAUAACAGGCAAUAAUGGAACUAUUGAUGGCAUGGGAUUGGCUUGGUGGGAAUUGUUUAGCUCUCAUUCCCUGAACUACAGCCGUCCUCAUCUGAUUGAAUUAGUGGCAUCUGAUCAUGUCGUAGUUUCAAAUCUUACAUUCUUGAAUGCCCCUUCAUAUAGCAUCCAUCCAGUUUAUUGCAGCAAUGUACAUAUUCAUAAUAUUUCAAUCUCUGCUCCUCCAGAAUCUCCUUAUACUGUUGGCAUAGUACCAGAUUCUUCUGACCAUGUUUGUAUAGAGGAUUGUAUCGUUGCAACGGGCUAUGAUGCAAUAGCCCUCAAAAGUGGGUGGGACGAAUAUGGCAUUACCUAUGGCAGGCCCACUGAGAAUGUACACAUCAGAAGGUUGCAUCUGCGAGCUUCUUCUGGCUCAACUAUUGCAUUUGGCAGUGACAUGUCUGGUGGCAUUUCAAAUAUUCUUGUGGAGAAUGUUCAUCUUUACAACUCAGCUAGUGGCAUUGAGUUCAGAACCACAAGGGGUAGAGGUGGUUAUAUGAAAGAAAUCAUGAUAUCAGACAUAGAAAUGGAGAAUAUCUACACGGCAAUCACUGCCACAGGUCAUUGUGGCUCUCAUCCUGAUGACAAAUUUGAUCCUAAUGCUCUCCCACUUUUGGACCACAUUGUUUUGCAAAAUAUGAGUGGCACAAACAUCACUAUUGCUGGAAGCUUUGCUGGACUACAAGAAUCUCCCUUCACAAACAUAUGCCUUUCCAACAUAACUUUGUCUAUAAAUUCUGUUUCUUCCAUUAUUUGGGAAUGCUCAAAUGUCUUUGGAUUUUCAGAUUCUGUCCUUCCCAGACCCUGUGAUGACCUUGAGACCCUUUCAGAUUGUCUCUCCCCACUAAUUAUCAAGGGAAAAGAUGCAAUCCUGUGAUAAUAAUCGUUGAUCAAAGGUUCAUAUUCUUGAGUUCCCUAUUUUAAGUCCCUGAAAAAGUGAAUAGCCACUUGCUAUCUCAGAUUAAGCCACAUUCUUUCCAAUAAGACAGUUUAUUCACAUUAUUCAUUUCCCAUCCUCAGCUUUGCAUUCUUGCAUGCUGCAAGCAGCACAUUACAUGUACAGCUUCAUUUCUUUAUUCAUAUGUAAUGAAAUUUUGGUAGUGCCCAACUGAGGACUCAAUUUAGUGGUUUUGCUUUUGCAUUAGUCCAUUGUGAUGAUUUCGCUGCAAAGUUUAAAGCAUGUGCGAUGGAUUUGGGCGAUGAGAAUUGAAGAAAUUUCUACUCGUGCCAUAUAUUAUUUUAUCCAUGUAAAAUUUGUAUAAUUUUAAAUCGGUAUUUUGUUGAGUAACAAAAUUAUCUAGAGCUCCCUUCCAUGAUAUAUGGCACACCAAUAGAAGAAAAAGAAGAAGAACAAAAUCUUAUUGGAAAUCUGACUCCUCCCAGUGAUUAACAUGAUCCUUC